AUGAAGACCCUUAUAGUCCUGUCCAUUCUGAGCCUUGCUGUGGCAACCCCUUUUGAGGAUGAUGAUAAGAUAGUUGGGGGUUAUCCUUGUAGUCUGCCCUAUCAGGUGUCUCUUAACGCGGGCUAUCAUUUCUGUGGAGGAAUCCUGAUAAACGAGCGAUGGGUAGUGUCUGCUGCUCACUGCUAUAAAUCAAAAAUUCAGUCCAGGAUUGGAGAAAAUAAUAUAAGAGUUUCAGAGGGAACAGAACAGUUCAUUGACUCUGAAAAGGUUAUUCGACACCCAGAGUAUAACUCUCGCCUGAUUGAUAAUGACAUCAUGUUGAUCAAGCUUUCAGUGCCAGCCCAGAUGAAUAAAGCAGUGCAGCCCAUCAGGCUUCCCGAAAACUGUCCACCUGGAAGUAGCCCAUCUGCAGGAACCAUGUGCCUAGUGUCUGGCUGGGGCUAUACCGGGCUUGUUAACCCAGACAUCCUGCAGUGUGUGGAUGUUCCUGUUGUAUCUGAGGCAGAUUGUAAUAGAUCCUACCCAGGAGAGAUUACAGACAACAUGAUCUGCCUGGGCUAUCCAGAAGGUGGAAAGGACUCCUGUCAGGGUGACUCCGGUGGCCCAGUGGUUUGCAAUGGAGAACUGCAUGGAGUAGUGUCCUGGGGUUAUGGAUGUGCACAACCCAAUUAUCCCGGUGUCUACGCCAAGGUCUGCAACUUUGUUGACUGGAUUAAUGCAGUUAUUGCUAACAAUUAA